AUGACUUCUAUCACAGCUUUUCCAGAUUCAAAUGGUUACACGCAGUCAUUUAGUAUUGAAGAAACAGCUGAACUUUUGAAAUUUUUUGAAGAGUAUGGAUUUGUCGUUGUCAGAAAUAUCAUCGAAUCUGAAUCGCAAAUAGAAGAAACUAUUGAUGAAAUCUGGAGUUUGCUGAGAGUACUUAAUCCAAAGAUUGACAAAUAUGAUAGUUCAACAUGGGAUAAUAAGUAUUGGCCAAUUCAAAUGGGCCUCAAGGAUGGAGGUUUCAUAUCACAUAUGGCGGAUGUUGCAACAAAAAUGUGUUGGGAAAAUAGACAACAUCCUAAUGUUGUUCGAUUAUUUCAAAUUCUUCUCAAACAAGACGAACUCUGGGUUAAAUUUGAUCGAUAUGGAAUGAUGAGACCUACCAAAGGUAUCAGUUUUAAACAGAACGAGACAGAUGGGUCCAUUAUAGUGGAAGAUAGACCUGAAUGGAGAUCAAAACCAAAUUGGCUACAUUGGGAUCAGAAUCCUUGGAGAUAUCCAGAUUUUAUUGGUAUACAAGGUCUGCUUGCAUUGAGCAACACAAAUUCAAAUACUGGAGGAUUUCAUUGUGUUCCCGGAUUCACUCAUCGUUUUAAACAAUGGUCAAUAGAUAAUGAAAAUAAACAUAAAUGUCGUGGUGGAGUUGUUAAUGUACCCGAAGAUGAUCCUAUUCGAAAUGAAAUCAAACAGAUUCAUGUUCGAAAGGGUUCUUUCAUUGUAUGGGAUUCACGGUUACCUCACGGAAACUUUCCGAAUGAGAACGACCAAUUUCGAAUCGUUCAAUACAUUACAUUUGAACCACCCAAAGAAGCUGAUAAUUAUGAAUUGACACAUCGAAUUAAUGCUUUUCACAUGCGUAUGCUAAGUUCAGAGGCUGAUGAACAACUUAUUGGGUUUCCAGAACCACAGCUAACCGAACUCGGAGAAAAGAUUGUUGGAUUGAGAAGUUGGACAACAAACGAGAGAGUAAAAAGUGAUUUUGAAUGA